AAAGGCCUGUGGCUGCAUUGGUGCAUUUUUUUCCAAUAAAUUGGAUGAAUAGCAUGGCUUUAACUACGUGCACCUGUUUCAUUCUCUUUAUCCGCAGGCGUUUUGGGUAUCCUCACACUCUCGGUUUUGUGCCCAUAGCCCUAAUAUAUCAUCAGUUCUUAGCGAAUAAACCAUUUCCAAAGGCGCGUAAUGCUUGAUGCGCAGGAUUCCCGAAAAAUCCCUAGUAGUUGAUUGGCUGCUGGGCUCUGACUCUUGUUGGGGUGGACCUGUUUGAUAAAAGAACCAUUUUCAAGAGUCUGGAGUGACACAUAGUGGUUCGUGCACUGGGGACCGACCUGUGAGCCGCUAAAAAUAGGGAAUACUAUCGAAGACACCAUGACAGGUAAACAAGGAGCUGUGCUAUCUGAAACGCUGAAUAUAUCCAAAACGUCCUCUCUCGGUGCUAACGGAGGUAACAGCCUGCACCAACAAUCAAAGAACAUCGCCACGCACCCUCCCAGAUGCACGGGAUUCGGGAUCCAGGAGAUUUUAGGGCUGAAUAAAGACUCUUCGGCGGUCUCGAGGAGCACCCUGCAGUCUCUGCCAUCUGGGGCGCACCUGCUUGCCGCCAGGUCAAUGCUUGGUACCGCUGGUGUCGGAGUUGGGAUGGGAUUAAUCGGGCCUGGAGGGAUUCCGUCGUUCUACAGCCAACCAGCGUUUUUGGAGGUCCUGCAGGACGCGCAGAACGUUCACUUGCAGCCCCACAAUAGAACUGUGGGACCUCUGGACCACAGCCAGUCCGCCAGUUCGGACUCGGAAGAUUUUUCGUCAAACGAACGAAAACUCUCAAAGACCUCAUUAAGCCAGAGCAAGAAACGGAAGAAAAGACGGCACCGAACCAUAUUCACAUCUUACCAGCUCGAGGAGUUGGAGAAGGCCUUUAACGAAGCCCACUACCCUGAUGUGUAUGCACGGGAGAUGCUGGCUAUGAAAACAGAGCUUCCUGAGGACAGAAUACAGGUCUGGUUCCAGAACCGCAGGGCCAAAUGGAGGAAGAGGGAGAAGUGCUGGGGACGCAGCAGUGUGAUGGCAGAGUACGGGCUGUAUGGAGCCAUGGUCCGUCACUCCAUCCCCCUACCGGAUUCCAUCCUCAAGUCUGCCAAGGAUGGCAUCAUGGACUCUUGUGCCCCAUGGCUGCUUGGGAUGCACAAAAAGUCCAUGGAGACCACGGUCGUCCAGCCAAAAGGGAAGUUCGACAUUCCCCAGCAGCCAGCCAUUCAGAGAGGAGAAGAAUGUGACGUGGAGGAGAAGAGGCCGGAGGGCAAGUCACCCAUCUCCAAAGAGGAACUGAGGGAGAACAGCAUCGCAACACUCAGGGCAAAAGCACAGGAGCACAGUGCCAAGGUGCUCGGGACUGUUACAUGUGAGAGACCAGAGAGCAAAGUGGAGAGACAGGCAGCAGAGGAAAAAUCUAGUGGCCCUUUGAGUCCAGUGGAAGAGCCCAAGAGUCCAUAGACCCUCACUUUGUAAAGACUUUGCAGUUCUCUUGACUGUUCUCUUAAUAUCUGUAUGGACUCAACUAGAUCUAUCAGUUUUAUUCAGUGUUCCCUGAGGUUUUUACAUGUUGAACUCAUCCUAGAUCUCUAUUAUGCUGUUUUAAAAUGACCUUAUUUAAACCGGUCUUCCUAUUGGAGAGAUAAGAUAACUGAAUUCGUCUCUUAUUGACUAAGAAAAACACCAAUGCACUUUCUGUCUUUCUUACUCCCUGACAUUCAUACAUAUAUUGUUGCUUAUAUAUUGUGAAAACUUGUUUAAUAUGGGGGUUAACACUACAUACAUAUGUAUAUCGCUGACAACCCCUAUAACUAGAAGAUACCCACUUUACAAAUGUCUCUCAUUGAAUAUUCUUAAACUACUCAUUCAGUAUGCAAAGUGCAUACUUGUGUUUGUUAGAAUGAGCCAAUUAGGACAUUUGUUGAUAUAUAAGUAGCCAAUCUUUGAAAGUAUACUGUAUAUUGAAUUCACAGCAUCCAUAAUAUUGAUGCUGACUAUGUUUCUUUUAUAUUCUUUGGGAUGAUGAUGUAUGAAAGGGAAAACAAUUUUCUCUUAAUUAAGAGGAACACAACAAUUAAAAAGUUAUCUUACCUUGUUAUUAUGCUGUAUAUAAUAAAGAUAAAGAAAGAUCGCUCACAAAGGCACUGUUAAAACAUACUUUUAUGUGGUCUUUAAAUGUUUGCGUUUUUGUUUCAUAGUCUGAAUAAUAUGCAAUACAGAGUAUAAUUAGUUUUGUUGAUGAGGUCUGCUGUUGCUUUAGUUAGUGUUUUGCCUAAACACAAAGCCAAGUGGCCAGGUGGACCUGCAAGAGAGAAGCUGUAGCUCAAAUAAUUAUCUACAGUAUAUUCUUCACUAUAUUUGUCUUUUCUCCUGUCCACUACCUGGGCAUACUUAUGCUAUUUCUGUCUUCAGUAAGUAGUAGUAAGUCCUGGACUGCUGUACCAGACAAUGGACGCUCUAAAAAGUACCAGAGUUCAAAUCAAAUCAAAUUGUAUUUGUCACACGCGCUGCAUACAAUGGGUGUAAACUUUACCAUGAAAUGCUUGAUUACGAGCCCUUCCCAAAGGUGCAGAGUUCAUGCAAAAAAUGUAAUACAAAAAUAGUAACAAAAUAGUAAAAUAGUAAAAUACACAAAGAUUAAGUUAUAUACAGAACCAUACAUUUCUUAGAACUUGGCGAGAGCUUGACAAAAUAAUGUUAUUUCCUUGGUAUUUCAUUACUUUAAAAUAAAGUUUCCUAAAAUUUCAAACAUGGUUCCAUUCAAUUACAUUUUUGGUAAUGUUCUAGGAACGUUUUCCAACUGGUUUGACAUUGGGA